CAAACGACGCAUGGGAGGGAGAAUCAAUGACGCGCAUGGGGGCUGUCCGAGCGCUUCUUCUGUUUGCUGCAGUGAUCGGGCUGUGCCAUCGUCAUAGUCGUUUCAUUGACUUCGCCUUGCCACUGUGUGGGAGAUCCUCACAGGUUGAUGCCUCAGUUUGGUGGCCAACCCAACGGAUAUCAUCAAUUCUCCGGAGAAGCGAGGAAACGCCAUCUCCGCCAAGCUCUGCAAAGUCAAUGGUGCAGCAAGCUGCAGAUUCUGUCAUGAAAGCCUAUGCCGACGGCAUCUCACGACAGUCAGUCCAGUUGAGGCUUGAUAUCGUGUGUCCGCCCAAUCGAGUCAUCGAAUCUGGCAUGGAAGCGCUGCUGAAUGCAGCAUUGCCCAUGGCAAAGGCAUUUACAACAUUCCUUGGAAGUCCCGGCGGUGCCCCGCUGAAAGAUGUGCGUAUUUCGCGCUUUGACGGUGUUGGCACAACCUCUGGCGAUGUGGGAACUUUGCUCUACAGAGUCUCUGAAGAUCCAAAGCAGGAUGUUGCGGUGGUCUUCUUGGGAGGCCGUAAGUUUGUUCUUCAAGACGACUCGGAUGCCUUCAUCAAUGGGAUGAAAAGCCGCCUAGUGGUCAUGCUGAACUCAGAAGAUUCGGCCACAACUUUCAGGCUUGAAAACAAGGGCCAGGAGGUCAGCGCUGGUGGAAACUUUGGAAACGAUGUGGAGGUUCUUGGCAAGUUCUGCGAGACAUUUCGAGAAGAGACCUAUUACCUUCGGCUUUUGCUCUUAAGCGACUGGCCUGUUCUGAUCUUCCGUGCGUAUCCCAAUCCAUGGGAAGUCUACCUGGAAGCUCUAGAUGGUGACGUUGUGAGGCUCUUUGGCAGAUCUCGCAAGCCACGUCCUGAAGAGAUUCUGCAGGAAAUCGCCAAAUACGAGGAGGAGAACGGAAUCACAAAUGCAGACAAAAUGGCAAAGAUUCAGCGUUGAGCUGCUGAGCUGUACAGGAAGUGGCUGUAGCGAGGGCUUCUUGCGCUGUCCAGAAGACAGGUUAGCUUUAGCCAGAAGUGACGAAAUGAUGCUUGGCUGGCUGUGAGUGCCGUUUGAGCAUUCAAAUUGUGUCAUGGACCUUCGAGGGAGGCUAUGAGGAAAA